CGUCUGCCUGACGGUCCCAAAUUUUGGAGGCCACAUCCCCACGCAACCUGGCGCGCAGUUCCACAUCCCGCCUAUGCGGGGGCGCUGUGAGUUCCACGUGAGCCCCCGCACCUCUCCCGAGCUGAUCUGCCCUUGACUCGGCCGGCCUCGCUUGAGUGCGCGGGUGCCGCGUGAGUCCCCGGUUGUCAUCACUCUUGCCUGUGCGUGGGACAAAGACGCGCACGCCGUGGAAGAUGUCCGCCAGCUCGCAGUCCGUCAAAAGCAAAAAGGACGAGUCCUUUCUGGGCCGACUCGGGGGCUCGUUGGUUCGGAGGAAGAAAGCUAAUGAAGUGAGUGACCUCCACGAGGAAGGCAAGAAUGCCAUCAACGCCCCGAUGCUUCCCUCCGGGACCGACGUCCAUCCCGAGGACACUCUGCUGGAGGAGAACGCCGAGAGGAUCAUGCUGGACCCGACGUCGCGGGAAAACCCAAAGUUUAAAGAUCUGCUGAAGGUGCUCAUUGACUGGAUCAACAGCGAGCUGGAGGAGGACAGGAUCAUCGUGAAGGACUUGGAGGAGGACUGCUACGAUGGGCAAGUGCUGCAGAAGCUGUUUGAAAAGCUGUCGGGCCGCAAGCUGAACGUGGCCGAAGUGACCCAGUCGGAGAUCGGCCAGAAGCAGAAGCUGCAGACGGUCCUGGAGGCCGUCAGCGAGCUGCUGCGUCCUCACGGCUGGUCCGCCGAGUGGAGCGUGGACUCCAUCCACUCCAAGAACCUGGUGUCCAUCGUGCAGCUGCUGGUGUCGCUGGCCGUGCACUUCCAGGCGAGCGUCAGGCUGCCCGAGCACGUCUCGGUCAAGGUGGUGGUGGUCAAGAAGCGAGAGGGCAUCCUGCAGACUGCCCUCGUGAGCAAGGAGCUGACCAGCACCACCGAGAUGAUGAUGGGAAGGUUCGAAAGGGACGCUUUUGACACACUGCUGGAUCACGCGCCCGACAAACUCAGCGUGGUCAAAACGUCGCUCAUCACGUUCGUCAACAAGCACCUGAACAAGUUGAACCUGGAAGUCACCGAGCUGGAAUCUCAGUUUGCAGAUGGUGUUUACUUAAUCCUCCUGAUGGGGCUGUUGGAGAACUACUUUGUGCCUCUGUACAACUUCUUCCUCACCCCCGAGAACUUUGACCAGAAGGUCCACAACGUGGCGUUCGCCUUUGAGCUCAUGCAGGACGGCGGCCUGAAGAAGCCCAAGGCCAGACCAGAAGAUGUGGUCAACCUGAACCUCAAGUCCACCCUCCGAGUCCUCUACAACCUGUUCACCAAUUACAAGAACUCCGAGUGACGGCUCGGAUCUCCGGCGCGCGCCUGCCGACCCCUUUGGAUGGAUUUGAGGCCACAAACGGGGGACUCUUAAUUCGUUGCCAGAGACCGUUGCGAAUGCUGUUCUUUUUUUUAAUUUUAUUUUAUUUUUUAUCACCCCAUCAACCUUGUAUUUAUUUAUUACCGUCGAAUCUGUCGCCAUGAACUUGAAAACGUUCAAUGAACCCGCAAGUGCUCACAAACGUUGCCGAUAAUAUCUCGUGUUUUGUGCGAAUAUUAGAGGUGAUUGAUGCUUAUUUUGAUUUUUUUUUUUAAAAAAAAGGUUCCCAUGUGUCGUAAAAACAAACAAUAAGCAUAAAGAAUUCUUAGAGUUCUUACAGAUAGCCACACAACCAUCAUUUAUUAUCCUCAGAGCGCCAACGACGUACAUACUUGCAUAAAAACGUUGCAAAGUCAAUUUUAAAUAUGUACACCUAAAAUAAAUCAAGUUUUAACAUGCAGUACAGCCUCGGUUCUCGACCACAGUCCGUUCCAGAAGGCGGUUCGAGAAGCGAUUUGUCCGAAAAGCAAAUUGAUAUUUCCUAUUGCAAUGAAUGGGAAAAGAAAUAAUGCGUUCCGAGCCUAAAAAAAAAGUAGGCUUUUUAAAGCAGUUUUUUUUUUAGCUUUUUCUGAUAAUAAACUGCAUAGUAGAAAUACAUGUAUAGUUUAAAUACUUCCAUCCAUCCAUUUUCUGAGCCGGUUAUCCUCACGAGUGUCACAGGGAGUGCUGGAGCCUAUCCCAGCUGUCAACGGGCAGGAGGCGGAACUGGUUGCCAGCCAAUCGCAGGCCGCAUGGAGACAAACAGCCCCACGCACGAUCACACCUAGGGGCAAUUUAGAGUGUCCAAAUAAUGUUGCGUGUUUCUGGAAUGUGGGAGGAAACCGGAGUGCCCGAAGGCAAGGGGGGAACAUGCAAAACUCCACACAGGAGGCUCCGGAAUUGAACCCGCGUCCUCAGAACUGUGAGGCCAACGCUUUACCACCUUACCCACUGUAAGCAAAAAAAAGUUUUUAUUUUUAUAAAAAGUAACAAACAUUAACUCGUAACUCGAGUUAACGAAAUGUUUGAUAGAGAACAAAAAUGCAGAAAUGCUCAUGAGACAUUAGCAUUAUUAAUGUUGACAAGAAAAAAGCAACGCAUAACUAUCAUCUGACUCGUCCUGUUUUCACAAAGAACAAAUCUAGUGUCACUUGUUCCU